UAAUAGUACGGAGGAUUAGUUAUGUCAACGUGCCGUAAAACAACCCCAAACUAUGGGGGCAGCGAAGGACCUCGCAAUGUAUGGCCUGCCAGAAGUUAGUGGAAGAACUACCAGUUGCCGUAAAACAGAAGUACCACGACCUUGAAGAAAAGGUUGUUUCCGGGCACGAAAGAAGACAAACUUUCAGCCAUGGCGGGAGUUUGGUAUAUUUUAACGGAUACUGACGCUCCCAGUGAGAACUUCAGUUCCUGUUUCAGCACCACACACAGUACUGUACUGAGUGGAGUCCCAUUUGGAGGCGUGCCAGUUGUGUUCCUGCUCUAUCUUGGUGUCUUUCUGGUCUUUGGGCUCAUCUUCUCUGUCCUGAAGAAAGUAUCCGACCACUGGCGAAUUGCACACUUUGCAGAUGAAGCUGGACGUGAAGUGUUCACUGAGGUGACACCACAGCCCGCUGAAUACAUUCCACCAGUAGAAGACGCACGUGAAAGGGGAUACAUAUCGUGGCUGGCUUACUUCCUAACCUUUACUGAGGAUGAAAUCAGGGAAAAAUGUGGCCAAGAUGGUAUCAAUUACCUGUCCUUCCAGCUUCACCUGAUCAUCGCGCUUGUCAUCAUGACAUUCUUCGCCUUGGCAAUCAUACUGCCUGUCAACAUUAAUGGAGACCUGCUCGGCGAUAGCCCACUGAUUUUUGGAAGGACGACUGUUGCAAAUAUUCCAAGGAGGAACAAAGUGAUUUGGCUGCACACAAUGGUUCCAGUUUUGCACCUUUUCCUGAUCAUUUUUCUGCUGCAGUCUCACACAUCAAAAAUUACAGAAAGUGACAUAAUCAAAAACACUUUGAUGAUGUCCUCGGUUCCUAAAACAGCAACAAAAGAGGACAUUGAGGCCCAUUUUAAUGAGGCGUACCCUUCCUGUCACGUGUCUGCUGUGUCCCUGGGCCACAAUGUCACCAAGCUCAUGCAACUUCAUAUAGAAAGGGUUCGAUUGGUAAAACACCUGCACUACUACAGGCAUCUCCAAAAGACGACAGGAAUCCGUGAGAUGAUUAACCCCUACUUGUUAGGAAGAGUCCUUGUGUGCCUAGAGCAUCAGAAGGUGGACGCCAUAAAUCACUACCGCAUUAAACAUUUCGAGGUGCUGGAAAAGAUACAGAAAGAAGCAGAGAAGGUGCCACAGAACCCACUGGGGAUCGCCUUUGUCACUCUGAAGAACGAGACUAUGGCCAAUUACAUUCUGAAGAACUUCAAUGCACUCAGGCUGGACAGCAUCUUUGUUGGAAGGCAGCCCGAACGUUCAUCCCAAAGUCGUAAGCUGAAGGUGAACAGUUGGAGUGUCAGCAUUGCUCCUCAUCCUCAAGAUCUGAACUGGGCAAAUCUGUCAGUGCAGGGCCUUUCCUGGUUCGUGCGCAAUGUUGUGCUCAACUUCUUCCUAUUCUUCUUGCUCACCUUCCUCACGACUCCCAGCAUCAUUUUGAACACCAUCGACAAGUUAGACGUGACUAAGACCAUCGAGGAACUCCAAAGUCCCAUCGUCAGUGAGUUCUUCCCUACUCUCCUGAUGUGCAUUUUCUCAUCAGGGCUGCCCACUUUAGUUCAUUAUUCCACAAGAUAUGAAGGACACUGGAGCCGUUCCAGUGAGCAGGUGUUCAUGUUGCGCAAACUCUACUUUUUCCUGAUCUUCAUGGUGCUGAUCCUCCCCUCACUCGGACUGACAAGCCUGUCAGUGUUUCUCCGCUGGACGCUUGACACCAAGUUUUUCUCACAAGCAAAACUUAGGUUUGAGUGUGUGUUUUUGCCCGACCAAGGUGCAUUUUUUGUAAACUACGUGAUCGCAGAAGCCCUGGUGGGCUCUGGGAUGGAGUGGCUGCGGCUGCCGCAGUUGGUGCUGUACAACAUCAAGAUGGCAAUAGCCGACUCUGACGCCGGAAGGAAAUAUGUCAAAGAGAAUCAGGCCUACGAGUUUCCAUACGGUCCGGCGUACGGAUGGAACCUCUGUGUGUUCACUGUCGUCAUGGCUUAUGGCGUCAUCUGCCCCAUCAUUAUGCCGUUUGGUCUCCUGUACAUGCUCAUCAGACACCUGGUGGACAAAUUCAACCUGUGCUACGCCUACCGGCAAGGCCGCCUUGACUGCCAGGUCCACCAGGCAGCUGUCAAUCAAGCUCUGGCUGCGCCUAUCAUCAGCAUCAUAUGGCUGUACUACUUAUCCGUUCUCAGAACAAGUUUGAAGGCCCCGACAUCUUUAUUCAUCCUGGUGGUCCUGGUGUUCACUGUCUUCAUCUGCAUUGGCCACACCUGCUUUGGUUAUUUCAAAUACCUCAGUCCACACAAGUACAAGGUGGUCGACCUGGGCCAGGACAAAGCCGAGGAAGCCCCAGAGGCCUUUGUUCCCAAAGAACUUGAUCCGAAUUCAUAUAUGGACGAGGAGGAAAACAUGGUGGACAUCUAUGACCUGUUUGCGCUCUGAACCGAUAUCGAUAACUUAAAAGAUGAAGAUUUAACACUGAAGAUGACAUUUUUUUAGAUUUUAAAGUGACGGCAACGAUGACAGUGAGAGAUGAAGAUGAUGACGCUAAAGACGAAGAUUAAACCUAAACAUUAGACGUUACAUUAAAACUACAGAGGAAGCGUGUAUGAUUCAAAGUUACAAUACAGAGAAACAAUCAGAAGAAAAUGUAUACAAAAAAAAUGAGUACAAAAGUGAAUCCUAAGUAAAAGCAACAAAAGACAAGUGGAGUUUUUUUCUUUCUUUCUUUUAUUAAUGUACUGUACUAUUAUGUAGCACAGACAGACAGACGGCCAAAGACAUAAGCUAACUAAGGGGCUGCUUAAGUUGUUAAGACACUUAACUCAACAUCAAUGGGUAUGAAAAAGUGUAAGUGUAAAGCAGCUUUGAGUCAUCAAGACUAGAAAAGUGCUAUAUAAAUACAAACCGUUCACAUGCAGGUCAGCUGCU